UCAGGUCAUGCCUGUUCAGUUGAUAACAGAUCAGACCCUUCAAGCCAUUCACAUGUUACCAAGAGAUAACACUCCUCCCCCAUCUCCCAAAAGAUUGGAAGGAAAAAUUGCUAUCGUGACAGGCGGUGCCAGAGGGAUCGGUGAAGCCACCGUCAGAUUAUUCGCCAGACACGGAGCCAAAGUCCUGAUCGGCGACAUUGACGCUGCUUCAGGAACCGCCCUAGCCAACUCACUUUCCCCUUCCGUCACCUUCGUCCGCUGUGACGUCAGCUCAGAACCAGACGUCGAAAACCUAAUCAACACCGCCAUCUCUCGUUACGGCCGCCUCGACAUUCUAUUCAACAACGCCGGAGUACUCGGAAACCAGUCAACUCACCGGAAGACCAUUCUCAACUUCGACGCCGACGAGUUCGACCGCGUGAUGCGCGUGAACGUCAAGGGUGUAGCGUUAGGAAUCAAGCACGCGGCUCGAGCCAUGAUUCCGAGAGGUGGUGGGUGUAUAAUCUCGACGGCGAGCGUAGCAGGAGUAAUGGGUGGUCUGGGUCCGCACGCUUACACGGCGUCAAAGCACGCCAUUGUUGGGAUUACGAAGAACACGGCGUGCGAGCUGGGACGGUACGGGAUUAGGGUAAACUGUAUUUCACCAUUUGGGGUGGCGACGUCGAUGCUGGUAAAUGCGUGGAGGAGAGAAGGGGGUAAAGAUGAUGAUGAUGAAUGCUGGAUGCCAUGCGAGGAAGAGGUGGAGAAAAUGGAGGAGUUUGUGAGGGGACUUGGGAAUUUGAAAGGAGCAACUUUAAGGGCUAAAGAUAUUGCAGAAGCGGCUCUUUAUCUUGCUAGUGAUGAAUCGAAAUACGUAAGUGGUCACAAUCUUGUUGUGGAUGGUGGGGUUACUACUUCAAGAAAUUGUGUUGGAUUGUAACUUAUUUUGUGUUACUAUCUCACUUAAUUUUUAAUCAACUAAUUCUAUAUAAUUCAAUUAUAAAAAAAAAAAAAAAAGUAAUUUAAAAUUUGAAAGUUUAGUUAUAAUUAAAAUCAGAAUAAA